AUGGUAUCAGAGGACAUCGUCUCUCAGAGGUACGAUGAUAUCGUCAAGAGCCCGUCAGAUCAGAGAGAGUAUCGGGGACUUGAACUCACAAAUGGCCUCCGAGUGCUACUGGUAUCGGAUCCCACUACAGAAAUAUCUGCCGCUGCAAUGGAUGUCAAUGUCGGAAGCCUCAUGGAUCCAUGGGAGUUGCAAGGGCUGGCACACUUUUGCGAGCACAUGCUGUUUCUUGGUACUGAUAAAUAUCCGAAGGAGGACGAGUACAUGAGUUUCAUUUCCGAGAAUGGUGGAAUGUAUAACGCUACCACAGACAACGAUCACACAACUUUCUUCUUCAAUAUAAAGCCGGAGAAACUGAAGGAAGCACUCGACCGCUUUGUGCAGUUCUUCCUGGCUCCAAAGUUCACCCCGAGUAUGACCGAAAGAGAGGUAUGGACCAUUGAGUCUGAAAGGAAUGUUCGUUAA